UAUUUUUCUUCAGCCUGUGGCAGCCAUGCGCAACUUCAUACUGUAGAGUGGCAUACUCUGGCAUCGUUGGCAUGGCGAAUCUUUUAUUACAGCACACAUUAAGUGGAAAAAUACCUGUAGAGGAUGUUAUUAAUUGGUUGACAUCAGACAAUACUCAGGAUUUUAAAUGGAUUGACAUCACCACUGUUCGAUGUACUCAAUGCGAGUUUUUAAUAUAUUUUCUCAACUUCUUACGAGAUCAGACAAAAAGCGUCCUCCAGAGCUCAUGUAAUGCCAGACAAUCUACUACAAAACCGAUCAGUCCUUAUGUUGCAACUAGUAACAACAAGCAGAACAAAAAUGAUAAUCUGCACAGACGCAUCUCCUUAUCUGCUACCUCAGCAAAUCAAACAACUGAAUCUGGCAACAACUGUAGCUAUGGUAUUUCUGUACUUGAGGGUGCCAAAAGCCCGCAUAAUCAGGUUCCAAGCAAAAUUUCUGUCCUAUUACAGAAGGAAAUAUCACCAGCUACUAAUACUGGUAGAAUGAAAACAAAAAUUCCGUUAGUUAAUGUCGCUCCAAUUAGUGAACUAAAAUCGUUAAUGAAUUCACUAAACACUGAUAAAAAUCAAGAAACUUCUGUUAUUGCUCAUAACAAAACACCAGAUAAAAUAGAACGCGAAAGAACUUUGUCUAGCAGUUUUGAUCUUUCUCCCAACAAAACUACUAGUACACCAAUAAUUGAGAGAAAUUCUCGGAGUAAAACCAGCAAAACGUUCAAUGGUUUUAGUCUUCAUGAAUUUAAUGUAACUCCUCACGAUGUUCCAACUGAUCAAAAUUUUCAACUUCAUAGUUGCUUGGAUGGGUCUGCAAUAACUUGCAAAGAUUCCGAAAGUUAUCAGCAAGACUUGAGAAGUACAAACGAAAAUUUUGACACAUCAAAUUGCUUGUUGAUAUCAAAAAAUGACCAUGUACCACAGAAGUUGGACAAUUUUUCUAAAAGUGACGUCAACGAUUCCAGUUCUGUGCAUAUAUCGUCAAUAUUCGAUGGAAGUAAUAAUGAAUGGCGUUAUUUUAAUAAUUUAAAUAUAUCUUCAAAAUCUGAAGACUCAAGAGCUAAUGAAUCCCAGGGACUCAGUAACUCGCCGGCUGUUAAUGACGUUAGUGAGAAUGCAAUCUCACCUUUAUUUAUUCGAGAGCCUUUGACACCACAAAAUUCAAAAUUAUUGUAUAGCAGAAGUUUGGAACGAUCUCAAAAUGCGAAAAGUAGUCCACAAUAUCACACUGGUAAUACUUCUAAGCAAGGUCCACACCACAGUCAAAGAAUUUCAAAAUUGACGCCAAGACAAAGUAUGAGCUUAGGAGAUUUCAUAAGCAUUGACUCAUGGGGUUCCAGAAAAAACGGCACAAAAAAAACUCAUGCCAGGACACCAAUGUCACAAAGUAACGAAUGCACAGAUUCCUUGACAGAUAAAUUAUCUAUGACGGAGGAAAGUUUUCCAGAGAUAGGGAAGAAUCCUGGGUUAAGGAAACGGCGAAUCAAGCCAACAAAAUUAGAUGUGUCAGGCGAUAAAGGAAACAGUGAGAAAUCAACUUUUGGUACGAUAAGUAGACCUCAAAUAGUGAAUCCACAAUUCUCAGAAGCAAUGCCAACCGACAAAGCAGAUGCAACACGAUUUGAAACAGAAAGAGAUCUGUUGAGAUUAGAAAGACAGAAGCAGCAGAAGAACCUUUUACCCAACCAAACAGUGGAACAUGCUGUUCACUCAAAUGUGUUACAAGCUUCCAACGUCAAAAAAUCAACUGGGCCAUUUUUGACUCCGAGCUUGAAAAAAGUUGUUAAUAGUCACGCUUUGGAUAUACUAGCUCAAAUCUAUUCAAGCUUGUUAGACUUAAAUUUGGUUUUAAACCCUAUGACAGAAUUGAAUUUUAUGAUCUCCCUUAUCACUUUGCAAUAUUCUUCCGAAGCUGGAAACUACCAAUUGACGUCAGAUUAUAAUUGUCUUGAACAAAAAAACUCUGUAGUAAAAUCUAGUUCAAAAGAAAAAAAUCUUGAUGACACUGGGCUCAUAGAAAGUGAUGAAAACCUUGUUGAGCAACACGAAAACUCUAAAAAAUUGGUGGAUGUUGAACUUUUCAAUGAAGAACUUGGCUGCAAGAUUCUGACUGAUGGUAUAAUUUUAACAACUGACAAAAAUGAGACAUCACCUGAUUACAAAUCGAAUGAAGGUGAAGUAUUUGAUAAUUUGACAAAAUCAUCCAUGGAUGACAUAGAAAAUAGUUGUAAAAAUGAAAGUUGUUUGUGUGAGGGAGAAGAAGCACAGUAUCUCGAUUCAAUACAUAACUGCAUAUAUUUUUCAACCGCUUUUCUGAACACUCAAAGACUGUUAUUGAGUUCGCUAGACAGAGCCACAUUGAAGUUGCUUUGUGAAAAUAAUCGAAUAGAUACAUUUCUACCUGACCUGCGAGAAUAUUUAACUGAAUGUUAUAAGCUGAAAUUGACCGAAUCCAGUCGAUCCAGACAGUAUUCCAAAACUUUUAGUGCCAUGAAAGCAAAUGUGAGCUUUCAAAUAGAUACGGACAACCAGGAGAACUUUCCCUCGAUUACAGGGUUUCACAGCUUCAAAAAACAGCGUGAUUUGUUUUACGAAACCCUAAGAAUUUGGGAGUCAUAUCAUUUGUCGCAAGGAUGGAUAUUUUCUCUUGCUCUAGCUGGAAGAAUUAGGCAACUACUAACGUUACACAACGACCCAGCAAAUUAUUGUCACUUCGCAAGAUUAUUUAAAUCACAAUUGCUAUUAUCUUGUAUUGGAAAUGGACAACAGGAGGAUGCUGUAGAUGAUGAAAGCUUAAGUUUUCUAAAAUCAAUAAAACAUUUAGACCCUGAUAAAUUGACACGACUACGGGAAAGAUUAGUGACACCUCUUAUAUCGAAAGGACCGGUUCCACCUCCGUCAUUUCCAGGAGUACAAGAAUUUUAUAAAGAAUUCAUAUUUCAUGCUUCGAAUCCCAUGUUUUAUGCCCAUUUGCAAGAUUGUUUGGUUCACGAAAUUAUGGAACUCAACGAUACUCAAUUCACCGGUAGUGAAAUCGAAAAUACAGAAACCAUGGUAGAUGCGGAAACAAAACAGAAUUUUCUCAUAUGUAUCUCCAGUCUCAGACUUCUUGCUAAAAUGUUAGGAUUCCUGGUCUCGCUACCUUAUGAAUCUGAAACAUCGCUAGAAACCGUACUGGCCAGUCAAAUAACGCCACGAAGUCAAGUUCUCCCACCUCUGAAUCUUCAGUCUUGCAUUCAAAAUGCAAUGGAUAAUGGAAAAUUAGUUCUUACGAUACCAUGGGUGGUGAAAUAUUUGGCAAUGCUGGAUCCUGUGUCUGUACGGUUACCUUACUACAGAAAAAUUUUUGAAAUGUUAUUACGUAUUUACUGCGAAGCUAAGCAUGACUCCGAACGUAAAAAUCCUUUGUCUCCACAAGUUGCAAUUCUACUAAAAUUUAGCAUUGGAUGGCUACUCGAGCUACGUAACUUCCCAGUGAAAUUAUAUUUUACUUGGAAAGCAUCGAAAUAUGAUCAGGAAGCUAAAUCGAUUAAUAAUUCUGCUGAAAUACUACAAAAUAAUCUCACUGUUAAAAUGGAGCAAGAAACGCAUCAUAAUCAGUCAAACACUUGCGCUCCUUGCGCCGAUUGUUUGGAUAUUAUUGACGAUCACAUAUUGUAUGUGUGCUGUCCAUUCUUGGCAGAAUUAAAAACGCUAUUGACUUGUGAUUAUUCAAAUUUAAAUAACAGUACCACAAUCCGACAUAUAACACCUGUUUCCAGUGGUUUUGAAAAACCACUUGGAAAUACAAGCACCAAGCAGUUACAAUUACAGCUAGAAGACGCAUUUUUUCACGGACAACCAGUUUCUACCAGAAAAACAGUCGACUUUGUAUCCGAAAGAGUUGCUUCUAGUUAUGUGAAGCAUAUUUGCAAUGUGAUAUUGCCAAGGGCUAGAAAACGAAAUAUACUCAAGUUUCAAGAUCUAGUUUCUGGACGAAAUAUGCCGAAUGAUAUGUCCCUUGUCACUACGGAGAUGCAUUCACUGGCCUCCAGUGUAUCAGCAGAAGUAAUAACGCAAUGUGAGGCAGAUAUGUUGGGGAUGUGUGAAUCUCGUAUAAACAAAUCAAUUGAGCAUCUUUUAGCCAUGGAUACACUCCCACCUGUUAAAGAAAUGUGUGCUCAAAUUGCAUUCCGAAUGGCAUCUGAGCGAGUCAACUACUGGAUUCAAUCGCACAUAGCAAGUGGGCCUUUAUUCCUUAAAGAUUUGGAAGGCGAAAUCAACAAAGUUUCUUAUAAAAAAGUUACACCAGCAGUGUUUGCAAAAAGAAUUCAUAACGAUAGUGCAGCGUCUCCCACCAAUGCCAUGGUUGAAAUUAGAUCACUUAUUUGGGAUUUGUUGGAAAACAAGAGUGAAUCUGUAACAUUAGAGAAUGUGUCACAAUGUUUAGACAAUCUAUACCAAUCUUUGACUGAACGGGAGGAUUUGUUACCUGGCCCAGAGAAAAUUUUAGGCAUGUUGAGUGUCGAUUUCGCACUAUUUUUAGUUGCGCAUAGAACAGAUAUUUUUGUAACAGAGAUUCAGGACAAAUUGAUUCGUGUAUGGAAGUUGGACUGUUUAAAUUUUUCGGAUAAAGAAUCAAUUUUAUCCAGAAUUCUCAGCCCCAGAAAUAUCAUGCUACUAGCUUCACCAGGGAAUGCGAAUGUAUGGUUAGCCCUUGGACGACUGAUAAGGAGGAUACUACAAGAAAAACUGUUGAGCAUUGAAGCUCUUAGUGAUGAAUGCACUGCGCUUUUGAGAUAUGAUUGGACAGUGGAAAUUUUGAAACAUUUAUCCACAUGCUUGAAAGAAGGAACAAAGGAUCUCAAAUGUAUGGAUGAGGAUAGUGAAAAAAUGAUGUUACUACUUCAGUGGAUAGCAGAGACAUGCAAUGAGAUGGAAUUCAUCUUUUAAUCAAAAGGUAACUUACAGCAAUUCAACAUUUCAGACACUGGAAUACCAUGUAAUACGUUCAUCAAUUUAUACAUACCGUUGAUAGUACCGCAAUCAUUUUUAAUUAAUGUACAUACAUGCAAUUCAUUUUUUUAACCAAUGAACUAUUUGUAUUAUAUGAAAAGUGUUACAAUCCAUUUUGGUUACUAGUGUAUGUAUUAUUUUGAAUACAUUGCAAAAUUGUUGACGUGUUGGGUUUAGUGAUUUACAUAUAACUACUCGUUCAUUCUUACGUAUAUAAUCGUAAUCGAUUUGUAUUACUGUACAAGUGUUUGAAUUAUGAAUGAAUGAAUAUUUUAUCAUCAG